AUGUCUAAGAAAGAAAAAAUGAAGAUGCGGAAGGAGAGAUGGCUGCAAAAAAUUGAGAGCAUUAAGUUGGCAAAGCUGCAGCAAAAAGCAGAGGCAAAGCGGAAAGCUACUCCAGUUGUUGGAGAUAUGCAUUCAUUGAUGGAUGCUCUGCCUGAGCUUUCAGAUCUGGUGACAGUAAGCAAGUUCUCCAAACAGUGUAAUAAAAUGCAGAAAAAGAAGAAAGUGUUGACAAAUUUCAACCAGAUGAAAUCAGCCCAGAAAUGCAAAGUCUUGGAGGAGGAAGUGGCACAGUUUCACAAGACUAUAUCAAACCCUUUAUUCAGAGCCAACCCUCUGUCAAUCAUUAGUGAACAUCUUUCCAAAAGAUUAAAACAGGAGAAAGAGGAAGAACCACUUUAAUACCAUGACUGAGGAUGUUUAAAAACUCCAGCAACUGACUCCACCAUGGCUUUAUCUGUACAGUAGAUUAACGUAACUUUCAGAAACCAGAGGAAGAGAACCAGUAACUUUGUUUGCUGAGCAUAGAAAAUAAGGUGACCAACAUCAAUUUGUACACUUUGAGUACUAGUUACAAUUCUGGAUUGUUUUGUUGGAAACUUGUGGAACUCUGUAGAUGUAAGACUGUUCUAAUUUCCCAAAUUUAUCCUAAUUAUACUUCAGGUCUUUUUAUUUCCCUCUCUAUAGCUUCUGUGAAGUAAUGUCUAAACUACCAACUUUCUACUUUUGAGUAAUGUAAACUUUUCUGUUUCUUUCUUUCUGUGAGCAGUUAAUUCUGCCUUUACAGAAUUGUUUUGGUAAAUGCAGCGUUGUAAUUAAUAAAAUACCUAGAGCUUUGCUUCUCUUUAAAAAUAGGCAAAACCAGUUUUUUUAAAAUUUGAAAUGUGGUGACACACUUAAGACCAUACAUAUUAUAUAUGUAACAUUCAGUUUGUGUGUGUGUGUUUGUAUAUAUGUGCAUACACACACACACACACACACACACACACACCAGUGUUUGCCUGUAUAAUACAUUGGUCCCCAAUCCUUCUGGCUCCGCAAACCAGCAGUAGUAGCGGUGGGAGGAGAGGAUGGCUUCGGGCAUGCCCACCACUUGCACAAAUGGAGCUUCAUGUGCUCAUGCACCACUUCCGCAGCCCAGUUCUCAAUGGACUGUGGGUCAGUACAGGGCUGUGGCCCAGGGGUUUGGGACGCCUGGCAUAACAUACAUGAAAUUAUCUACCCUAGUUGAAAGUGGACAUUACUUAUAAACAGUUUACUGUAUAAGAUCUAUGAAAUUAAACUAUAACACAGUGGUCC